AUGGAUUCCAACACUGCAGCAGACGCAGCAGCUGCACCUGCGGCAACGACCGCGGAACCGACCGCGCCCCUCGCGACGGCCACGGCAACGGCGACAGCGACAGAGACGACCACCGCACCACAACCUCAAGAGCAGCAGCAGCCCGCACAACAGCAACAGCAGCCCGCCGCCGCACCUGUAGCGCGGCCUCCCGCGCAAACAGUUCAGAAACCGAUUGCCGUUCCCCGGCGUGAUAAGUUCUACCAGCAGUCGCUCGGCGGCUCGCUCAACGCAAACGUCAAGAAGGCGCGCGUGUUGAUGGUCGGAGCUGGUGGCAUCGGAUGCGAACUCCUCAAGAACCUCGUGCUCACCGGUUACGGCGAGAUCCACGUUGUCGACCUGGACACCAUCGACUUGAGCAAUCUCAACCGUCAAUUCCUCUUCAGACACGAGCACAUCAAGAAGUCCAAGGCUUUGGUUGCCAAAGAUGCUGCGCAGGCCUUCAACCCCAAGGUCAAGAUCGUCGCGCACCAUGCGAACAUCAAAGACUCGCAGUUCAACACCCGAUGGUUCAAAGACUUCAAUAUCGUCUUCAAUGCGCUCGACAAUCUCGAGGCCAGACGGCACGUGAACAGGAUGUGCUUGGCGGCGGAUGUGCCCCUGAUUGAGAGUGGUACCACAGGAUUCAACGGCAAUGUCCAGGUCAUCAAGAAGGGUGUUACGGCAUGCUACGAUUGCACCCCAAAGGAGACGCCAAAGUCCUUCCCCGUCUGCACGAUUCGAAGCACGCCAAGCCAGCCCAUCCACUGCAUCGUGUGGGGCAAGAGCUAUCUUCUCAGCGAGAUCUUUGGCGCCAGCGAGGACGAGUCCGCAUUCGACAACUCAGCCGAUGCCGACAACGCCAAGGAAAUUGAGGAGCUGAAGAAGGAGGCCGCUGCCCUGCGCGCCAUUCGCGACGCUUUGGGUACUGAGGCCUUCCCUCAACUUCUCUUCGACAAGGUCUACAAUAGCGACAUUGUGCGACUGGCAUCGAUGGAGGACAUGUGGAAGUCGAGGAGAAAGCCUGAGCCGCUUGACUACAAGAAGUUGUUGGAGCAAUCUACUGAAGCCUCGGGUGCGAAGGCGACGAUCCUGCAGGAAGGCCAGAAGGUGUGGAGCUUGGAGGAGAACUUUGCCGUCUUCGUCGACAGCUUGGAUCGUCUUAGCAAGCGUAUGCAAGAGCUGAAGAAGGCGCACCAAAACGGAGGAGCCGAACCUCUGAUCACCUUUGACAAGGAUGACGAGGACACCUUGGAUUUUGUGACAGCAAGUGCCAACAUCCGCUCUUCCAUUUUCGGCAUCGAGCGCAAGUCUCGUUUCGACAUCAAGCAAAUGGCGGGCAAUAUCAUCCCGGCGAUUGCCACGACUAAUGCCAUCGUUGCUGGCCUGUGUGUCCUUCAGUCGUUUAAAGUCCUGAAGGGUGAAUACACUAAUACUAAGGAGGUGUUCAUCUCCCCUCACAACCCUGCUCGUCUGCUCAAUGCGACCAAGUACCGGGCCCCUAACCCGCAAUGCCCAGUCUGCAGCGUUUACCAGACGACUGUCUCCGUCGACAUGUCUAGAGCCACAUUGAAGGACCUCGUUGAAGACUUUGUGCGCCUGGAGCUUGGAUACGGCGACAAGGAGUUCGCCUUGAACAACGAUGCUGGCCCCCUUUACGAUCCUGAUGAGACCGAAAACCUGUCCAAGAAGCUCAGCGAGCUUGGAAUCACGGAAGACACCUUUCUUACUGUCAUUGAUGAGGAUGACGAUGAGCCCUUCGUCAACGUUGUCAUCAGCAUACAAGAAUCCAAGGAGCCUCUCGAGGAUAAGCCCGUCAAGGGCAUGACCGCGGAUCAAAAACCUGAGAUCCCUCGUAAGCCAAAGAAGGAGACACCUGCGCCGGCGGCGGCAGAGUCCAAUGGUACAAGCCAGCAGAACGGCAAGCACUCGCUGGAUGUCUCGGACGAAUCGCCAAACCUCAAGCGGCCGCGACCCGACGAUGGAGAUGAACCGAUCGAGGCUAAGAAAGCCAAGGUCGCAACGACUAGCAGCAGUGAUGAUGUGGUCCUCGUAGAUGAUUCUACGGGUGGAGCCAUCGUCAUUGACGACUGA